AUGUUAGGACUCAUCCCAUAUCAGAGAGAUGAUCAUAUGCUCAGUUACUACCACACUGGCUUGUACUACCCUGAGGAAGGGCAGUACCGCUUCGAGACUGUCGGAUACGUGGAUGAUCAGGAGAUCGAUAUGUACAGCAGUGAAAGUCAUGUCAACAUUCCAAAGACGGUGUGGAUGGAGGAGAAUGAGGGCAAUGAUUACUGGGAGUGGCAGACGUCUCUGCGAAAAGGAUGGGCGAAAGUCUUCAGAGACAACUUAAUCAUCCUGGCCAGUCGGUUCAACUACACGAAAAGGUUCCACGCUCUCCAGCUCAGCUAUGGUUGUGUGCUAUAUGAUGAUGACAGCAGCACUGGACACUAUCGGUAUGGCUUUGAUGGUAAAGACUUCUUGGAAUUUGAUAUAAACACCUUGCUGUGGAUUCCUGCCAUGCAAAAAGCGGAGAUCAGCGCUCAGAGAUGGAACAGUGACAGAGUUAUUGGGGAGGGUGUGAAAUCGUACCUCAUUGAACACUGCACCAGUGCCCUCAAGAAGUACAUGGCUUAUGGGAGAAAAGAGCUGGAGAAGAGAGUUGCUCCAAAGGUGAAGAUCAGGAGUCAGGGUCAGGAUGAAACUACAAGACUUCAGUGCCUGGUGUACGGGUUUCACCCCCGAGCUGUGGAUGUGAAGUGGGUGAAGAAUGGGGUAGACCAUGUCCUCUCAGGUGAAGGCACUCCGAUUCUCCCCCAUCCUGACGGCACCUAUCAGAUCAGAGUCAGUGUGGAAGUGCCAACAAAGGAUGGUGACACUUACGCCUGUCAUGUAGAGCACAGCAGUCUGGAGGAGACUCUCACAGUGAAAUGGGAACCCAACUAUUAUAAAGUAUCAGUGCGCGCUGCUCUGCUGUCUGCUUCAUUGAUCUCGGUUAUAACAUUGAUAUUCUUCAUUAUACUGGAAAGAUCGGGAAACACUGAGUAG